CUCAGCGGGCAGCUUUCCCCCCGCCUGUUCCGGAAGCUUCCGCCGCGCGUCUGUGUCACCCUCAAGAGCAUCGUGGACGAGGAGUUCCUGUGGGCAGGGCACAUCUUCCUGGGUUUCUCCAAGUGUGGCCGCUACGUUCUGUCCUACACCAGCAGCUCCGGGGACGACGACUUCUCCUUCUACCUGUACCACCUGUACUGGUGGGAGUUCAACGUGCACAGCAAGCUGCGCCUGGU